AUGACUUCCUCGAGAGCUGUUAUCGUGGGGGCUGGAGCUGGGGGAAUAGCCACGGCCGCGCGCCUUGCAAAGGCUGGUUACGAAGUCACCGUCAUCGAGAAAAACGGCUUCUUGGGCGGCCGUUGCUCAUUGAUAUGCAGGGAAGGCUAUCGAUUUGAUCAAGGCCCAUCUUUGUUGCUGAUGCCAGAAGUAUUCUACCAGACCUUCCGAGAUUUGGGUACAUCUCUCGAAGAUGAGCAUGUGCGCCUUCUGAAAUGCGAACCCAACUAUCGCAUCUGGUUCUCGGAUAACGACUCUUUGGAGAUGUCAACAGACAUCUCGAAGAUGAAAGAACAGAUCGAGCGCCAUGAGGGUAGGUAUGGGCUGCGGGGCUUCCUAGGGUUUCUGAAUGAGUCGGGGAGACACUACGAUCUCUCAUUCGAACAUGUCCUGGCCAAAGACUUUCCGAGUCUGUUCUCCAUGAUGCGACCUCAACUUCUCAAGGUCCUGUUACCUCUUCAUCCAUUUGAAAGCAUGUGGAGCCGAGUCAAGCGAUAUUUCCGAUCGGACAAAAUCCGACGGGCGUUCACAUUCGCCAGCAUGUACCUUGGCAUGAAUCCCUUUGAAGCUCCUGGCACGUAUUCGCUCUUACAAUAUACCGAGCUGGCUCAUGGGAUACUUUAUCCGGAAGGGGGCUUUGUAAAAGUUCUGGAGGCUAUAGCCUCCGUAGGAAAGCGCCUGGGGGUGGAAUUUCGCCUGAACACGGAAGUCGAAUCAAUCGUAUCAGGCCCAGAUGGCAGAGUAUCAGGUGUUCGAUUAAAAUCCGGAGAGGAGCUCCAUGCCGACGUAGUUGUCGUCAACGCAGAUCUCGUCUAUUCCUACAACAAUCUGUUGCCGCCGACUUCCUACGCCAAGCAACUAACCAAGCGGCCGGCGUCCUGCAGCAGCAUAUCUUUCUUCUGGAGCUUCGACCGAGUUAUCCCAGAACUCGAAGUGCAUAAUAUCUUCUUGGCUGAGGAAUACAAGGAAAGCUUCGAUGCCAUCUUUCAUCGGCACGAACUACCCACAGAACCCUCUUUCUAUGUCAAUGUCCCAAGCCGAAUCGAUCCUACCGCAGCACCAGAGGGAAAGGACGCAGUGGUAGUCUUGGUUCCCGUUGGCCAUCUCACAGACGACCCUUCCAAGCCUCAGGACUGGCAAUCCUUAGUGAAUUAUGCCCGGGAGGUUGUAUUCAAAACCAUCGAAGCCCGGACAGGAGCUUCGGGGCUUCAGGAAAGUCUUGUCCAUGAAGCAGUCGAGACGCCAACAAGCUGGAAGUCGAAGUUUAACCUGGAUCGUGGGGCUAUUCUUGGCCUUUCCCACUCCUUCUUCAAUGUCCUGAGCUUCCGGCCAAAGAUCAAACACGCCAGUAUUGACGGGCUUUAUUUUGUGGGCGCGAGCACGCAUCCGGGGGCCGGUGUUCCGGUCAGCCUCCAGAGUGCGAAGAUAGUGACAGAAGCCAUCAUCAAAGCCUUUUCGCGCCAGGGUGUCUUUGGUCAUCGAGCCUUGUGGAUCUCAUUUACUUCAAUUCUGCUUUUGGUAUUCUCCAAAUUAUUGUGGAGGCCGUGA